GCGGGGGCAAGUGUACAAGGCAGAGCGGUGAUGACAGAGGAGAGGUGUCCCAAAGUGGAGCAGUAUGUUGGUGAAAUUAAAGGUGGCCUGAGACCAGCCAUGAAACUCACAGUCAUGGGAAUGGUACACUCCAACCCCAAGAGCUUUUCAGUGACUCUACUCUGUGAUCCAGUGGAUGCAAACAAAGAUAUUGGGCUGUUAUUUACAGUUAAUUUUAGUGACAAAUCCAUCACCCGAAACGCACGAAUUGCUGGGAAAUGGGGAAGAGAAGAGAAGACUAUUCCCUACUUCCCAUUUACAGCAGGCGACACAUUUAAGAUGGAGCUCUUAUGUGAACACCAGCAAAUACGAGUCUUGCUUGAUGGACGGCAGCUCUGUGACUUCACUCACCGUAUUCAGCCCCUGAACUUGGUGAAAGCUUUGCAGAUCUCAGGGGACAUCAAGCUUACCAAAGUGGCUUGAAAAAAAGGAGACCACAAUAUCACCAGGGGACAGAGGCAAAUGUAGCGUUUUCGUGAACUGAAAGGUUUCAACAGCUGUGGAUUUCACAGUCUUCUCUGGACCAACCCUAAGAAAUGGUAUCUGUAGCUGAAACUGCAUUGCCCAUUCUUGUAUCUAAUUAAAACUGCAUCUUUGCUGGCAAACUUCUUUACCAGCUCUGUUAAAUAUUUGAAUGCA